AUGGAGCAGCGAGCAGAGUCGAUCGAGCAUAUCCUCCAUGAAGUAGAGGAAGGAAAGAUCCAUCUGAGCGAGGGUCAGAUUCACAAUCUCGAGGACCAGGCGAAAUACUUUCACGAGCAUGCAGGGCACGAGAGCACUCACAGCAAGAUGGCCAUGAUCAUCAUCGUUGCCCUGGUCGCCUUCCAGUUUGUGCUGCUCUGGUGGAAGAAGCAUCACUACCGGUCAUACCAGGCCACAACCACGAUCGGACUCUGGGUUGUGUACAAGUGGUACUGGGUGAUCUACCAGAUCUCGUAUGUCACUGGAAUCAUUGGAUACAGCAUGAUGUUCUUGACCUUCAUGGGAUUCGGCGUCACCCCACCAAAGGAGGGCGAGGAGCCCAAAGCCUCCUUCUUGGUCACCUGGGGUCUGACCUUUUUGACCUACGGCAUCUACUUUGGUAUCCUUGGACGAGACUUUGUCGAGUUUUGCACGGAAUCGAUGGCGUCGACAUUAGGCUAUUACACCAAGGAGGGUUUUCCCCGCAAGCAUCUUCGCUUGGGAGUGUGCGCUAUCUGCGGUAUCCACGUUUCGAAUGCGAUCAGCACGAUCGAUGCUCAUGGUCACCUGCAGGCACCUGUGAUUCUCCAACCUUCACCUAACGGCGCCCCUGUGGAACCCAGCAUCAAGUUGAACUGUGGCCACGAGUUCCAUGAGGAGUGCAUUCGUGGAUGGUGUUUAAUUGGAAAGAAGGAUAUGUGCCCGUACUGCAAGGAGAAGGUUGAUCUUCGUGCCUUCAAGACCAACCCCUGGGACACUACCCAGCAGCUCUACCUCAACCUCUUGGAUGCCCUCCGAUAUAUGAUUGUGUGGCAGCCGGUGAUUAUGGGCCUGGUCCAGUUUGGAUUCUACAUGACAGGACUGGAGUAG